GAUGACAAAUUCGAUUCGCAGUCAUUCAUCAGAAGCAGUGGAAAAUAUUUUUAUCAAAAUUCGGGAGUGUUUUUGCUAGUGAAAUUGCAGUGAAAUCGUGAUAAUUCUUCGUGCAAAGUGUAAUUUGAAACGGCCACAACAGUGAUAAACCAUCGGCAACCCAAUCGAACGCUGCCGUGUGACGUAAGAACGGCUGUUUUGCACGGAGUAGUUCCGACGACGACGGGCGGUGCGAUAGUGACAUUUUUUGCUGUAGUGAAAAAACUUCCCCUCUUACGACGAUCCCCGAUCGAGAUUGGAUUAUCGGAUACUAGGGCCGGAUUGGAAUUGACUAGUCGGAAGCUAUCAGGAACUCGAAGCUGAAACAUUGAAAUCGAUCGGGAGCAGUAAAUAUGCCGCAAACGCCGAUCAACUCGCUGGACGAGCAGGACAAACUGCUUAGCGAUGCCAUCACCGUGGUACGGGCACAGGCCUUCCAGAUGAAGCGCUUCCUGGACAAGCAACGCCUGAUGGAGGCCAUGCGGUGUGCAUCCACGAUGCUAGGUGAACUCCGCACGUCGCUACUCUCGCCGAAGAGUUACUACGAGCUGUACAUGGCCAUUACGGACGAGCUGCGACACUUUGAACACUAUCUGCUGGAUGAGUUCCAAAAGGGCCGGAAGGUGCCGGAUCUGUACGAGCAUGUGCAGUACGCGGGAAAUAUCGUGCCGCGUUUGUAUCUGCUGAUUACGGUGGGAUUGGUUUACAUUAAGACCAAUUCUUCGCUGAAGAGGAGUAUCUUGAAGGAUCUGGUGGAAAUGUGCCGCGGAGUUCAGCAUCCACUGCGUGGGCUGUUUCUCCGAAACUACCUGCUACAGUGCACCAGAAACAUCCUUCCGGAUGUCUUGAGCAACGGAGAUGAACACGAAGGCACCGUCAUCGAUGCGAUAGAUUUCGUGCUAACGAACUUUGCUGAAAUGAACAAGCUGUGGGUUCGAAUCCAGCAUCAAGGACACUCCAGCGAGCGGGCUCGACGGGAAAAGGAACGUGAAGAGUUGAAGAUCCUGGUUGGAACGAAUUUGGUUCGGCUGUCGCAGCUGGAAUCGGCCACGUUGGAGAUCUAUCAACGGUUGAUUUUGCCCGGAAUUCUGGAACAAGUGGUCAGCUGCCGCGAUGCCAUCGCUCAGGAAUACCUGAUGGAAUGCAUCAUCCAAGUAUUUCCGGAUGAGUUCCACCUACAGACACUGGAUCCGUUCUUGAAAUCGUGCGCCCAGCUCCAGUCCGGAGUAAACGUAAAGAACAUCAUCAUUUCAUUGAUCGAUCGGUUGGCUUUGUACAAUCAAAGAAACGAAAACAUCACGAAAACCACAUCCGGAACGGAGGUCAUCUCGGCCAUUCCUGCGGAUGUUCAGCUGUUUGAGGUUUUCAGUACACAGAUCGCGUAUAUUGUACAGUUGAGAACCGAUAUGCCGCUGGAGGAUACCGUUUCGUUGCAAGUGGCACUGGUCAGCCUUGCCCAGAAGGUCUAUCCCGAUCGGGUGGAUUACGUCGACAAGGUGCUGGAGACUACGGCGCAAAUCCUCGAUCGGCUGAACAUGACCAAGUAUUGCAUUUCGCAUUCCCUCUCGGUAAACCAGGAAUUGUCUCGGCUGCUUCGUCUCUGCGUGGACUUCUACAACAACAUUUUGACGAUCCUGCAGCUGCAGUACUUCACUCCCUUGCUGGAGAAAUUCGAUUACACAUCUCGAAAAGCACUCUCACUUUACAUAGUUAUGAACAUCUUGGAAAACGAAACUCUCAUUCCGACGGCCGAGCACGUAGAUAGUGUACUGGGAAUGAUUUCACCGCUGAUCCGCGACCAGGACGAUCAACCCGGCGACAAAGUGGACCCGGAGGACUUUGCCGAGGAGCAGGGAAUCGUUGGCCGGUUUGUGCACCUGCUUCGAUCGGACGAUCCCGACACACAGUACAAGAUCCUUACUGCCUCGCGGAAGCACUUCGGCCUCGGUGGACAGCAAAGGAUACGGUACGUGCUGCCGCCGCUGGUGUUCCAAGCCUACCAGUUGGCCUACAAGUACAAAUCGAUUGCCGCCGAGGACGAAAUGUGGGACAAAAAGUGCCAGAAGAUAUUGCAGUUCUGUCACAGCACGAUUGCCGUCUUGGCGAAGUCGGAACUUCCGGAGUUGGCUCUUCGGUUGUACCUGCAGGGGGCGCUGUGCAUUGGGCAGAUCGCCUAUUCCAAUCACGAAACGGUGGCGUAUGACUUCAUGACACAGGCCUUCUCACUUUACGAGGAUGAAAUCUCCGACUCCAAGUCGCAGUUUGCCGCCAUCACGCUGAUCGUGUCCACCGUGGAACAGAUGACAUGCUUCUCGGAGGAAAAUGCUGAACCCCUGCGUACCAACUGUGCCCUGGCUGCGUCGAAGUUGCUGAAGAAACCGGACCAGUGCCGAGCGGUCGUUACCUGUGCCAGCUUGUUCUGGAGUGGAAAACAAAACGGUCAAGAGCUUCGCGACGAGAAGCGUACCCUCGAAUGCCUCAAGAAGGCAGCCAAGAUUGCCUCCCAGUGUUUGGACGUCGGUGUCCAGGUGCAACUGUACGUGGAACUGUUGAACCACUACCUGUUCUACUAUCAACGAGGGAAUGCACAGAUUACAAUUUCCAUGCUGAAUCAGUUGAUUGCCAAAAUCAACGAGGAGCUCCCGAACCUGGAACCAACGGAGGAAACCAAACAGAUCGAAAUGCACUACCAAAACACGCUGGCCCACAUCCGGAGUCGGAUGGAGUCCAACGAUAGUGGGUUGGAGGUCUCGUUCGCUGGUAUUACGCUGAAUUAGAAAGGUCUUCUUCACACGAUGGCAUCGUCAGUGGUGAGUCAGUUCUCAUUUUUCAAACUCUCAUUAUUUGCGCUAGAAUGAAAAGCGGAUGAAUUUAGAUUUUUUGUCCAAGGCAUUUACUUUUGCGGGAUCAAAACGAACAAAAAUGGAUGGAAAAUUUAUUUGACGAUUAUUUACUGACGACAGCGUCCGAGACAAAGUCAAACUAUAUUAAACGUACGUACGUAGGAGAAAAUUUUGUGUGAAAAAAAAUCUGAGAUAUGAUGAGAGAAAGAGAGCUACUACAACAACACUAACUUGAUAAGACUUCUAGGAAAUCAAAGUUAAUUGAAGAUAGUUGAGCAUUGAUUAUGAAUAAUCUUUUAGAGGAUUACAUCUUUGAGUAUCGAAUAUUAUUAGGUUCUAUAUUGCAUAUAUAUUGAUUGUAAUGAUUGUGUAAUUAACAAACACAAUGCAUGGAAAUGCAUGAAAAAUAUAAACACCGUGUAUUAAGUUA